GAGAAUGACACACACACACACACCACUCACACGCUUACACCGCAGCAACAACACCAACUACUCACAGAUACUAUUGAAGUUUUACAGAGAAAAACUGAGUUUAAACCUAUAGGAACAUACACCAUGUAUGAUGACUCAAUGGUGCAGAAACUGCCCACUAUGAUUUUGAAUGUUGCAGGAAAAGAUGUUACAUUUAUGGUUGACUCGGGUGCAACACGCACAGUGUUAAAAUACUCUGAAAUACCUGAGGCCAAACUCAGUGGCAAUUUCAUGUAUUCCAUUGGUGCAUGUGGCACAACAGUGAAAGAGAACUAUACAUCUCCAAUUACGUGUUCUCAUCCUGAACCAUUUACUAAAGUAAAGCACUCAUUUUUGCUUUCCCAAGUCUGUCCAUUCAACUUGUUAGGACGAGACUUGAUGAUGGCUUUUGGCAUCGACCUGAUUUCGACACCAGAAGGAGUUAAAGCUGUGAGACGAACAACUCCACCCAAUCCUGAAGCCUAUAUAAUGGCUAAGUAUCAACCUGAUUUAAUCUCCUCGCUGCUCUACAUAUACCAAUGGAAAGUUGAGAGUGUUUUGGCUCCAUCUCUAACUGAACGUGCACAUGCACUGGUUAGCCCAACUGCAGCUUUCAUGCAGCCUGAGGCACUCCAUUGCACGUCACACGUGACAACUGACCUUGACAGAGACUAUGAAACUAAAUGGUGGACUGACAUCAAAGAUACUCUACUGACUGACUCUCUCUACUGGACAGACCUGCGAUGUGCACUUUCUGUCAGCUUAACAGCUGAACAACAACGAUUUUUUCUGAUUAACAAUUCACAUCCACAUAUUUCGCUUUCCAAAGGACAAACUGAUCAAUGGAGAGAUUUAGGUCCAUGGACAAAAUCAUGCAUUGAGCUCAAAGAUUGGCAAUCUACAUCUGACCCACAUGUGUCGUACUCGCCAAAGCUCUCUGAUGUAAAGAAACAGGUGAUCGCAGCCCUCCCUGUUCCAGCCAGUGGUCCCCUGCACCAGCUCGAACCAGGUGACUUUGUGGUCAUAAAAGACUUCAGGAGGAAGUCGUGGAGGAACAGGAGGUGGCAAGGUCCGUUCCAGAUCCUGCUGACAACCCACACUGCUGUGAAGGUCGCUGAGCGGGCUACCUGGAUCCACGCCAGCCACUGCAGAAAGGUUCCAGCACCCCCUGCUGGUUCUCCUGGAAAACUACAAACUCCAGAGGCUGCUAAGUAAGACUUUGCGUUCGUAACAGGCACGCAGGCGACCAAGGGUCCGAAGAAAGAAGACAACAAGUGGCGUGCAGACGUAGUUUCUGUGUCACCUUCGUGGGCGCAAGAAGACCUACACCACACCACACCCUACACGUGUUACACCAUUUCACUGUCUUUAUUUUUCACACAGUGACUCUCCCCAUACAAGUCUGUAUAUUUUUAUGUGCGGUUUUUAUCUAGUUUCUGUAAUUGUUAUAUUUGUUACGUUGUUGUUCGCACUACUCCCUUACCUCCUUGAUACAUAGGCCAUGGACCGUAACAGACCCUGGCAUCCGUUCAGACACCCAGGCCUGUGUGGUAUACGAGGCACUAUGUGUUGUUUCCUGUUUUUAACCUUGAUCAUUGUCCUUCCGAUUCUGUUUUUUCUGAGACCACAGCUCAUUCACCACUCACUUGACGCUAACACGAGUGAUACCAACCAGCUGGUUCACCGUCUUAAACGCACGCUCCUGACAAAUGACAGUCUCCAUGACCAUACGCAGAAUGUCUGGUACCAAACCAUGUUUUUCUUUGCUAAACAACAGACCAGUUCCCCUUGUUAUGUUUGUUCCUUGAUACCUCGCACUACCACUGGUUCACUCCCUGUUGUUCCUAGACCCCUCAAUGCGACUGAGACUCUUUCUGUGUUGGUAGCCAUGACAACAACUGCCACUGACACUGUUGACGAUUCGUGGAUAACAGUUAACAUGACUAGGCGACUGGCAAUGAUUAAUGAAACCUUAGUAGACUAUACGGGUUUGAAGUGGCGUUUUAAUCCUUCUUCUUUGCCACUUGGUAGUAGACAAACUCGCCUCUCCGCACCAGUUUUUCAUACACAAUUGGCACCCUGGAAACCAAAGGUCUGUUUCCGACGAAAUUGCAUUUCCCCUGGGACUGGAUGUGCACCUAAUGUUCCAGUUGGAACUUCUGCCCAUUGUGAGCAAGUUGUAAAUGCUGGCUGUGGGGUUCGUUCUUGCGGUGACCCAUGUCCAAACGCUGACGGCGUCCCAUUCAUUGGUAGAGCUAAUCUUACUGGGAUCCCUACUAAAACCAAUUCUUCAGUUACCAAUCCUUAUGUUAGACUUCCCAAUCCAACACUCGGUGCCAGUACUCUGAAAUCGCAUGUGUGGGUUUGUGGAAAGUAUGUUUAUCUUUUCCUCCCUCCACGUUGGUGUGGUCUUUGCUAUCUGGCUAAAUUGAUUCCUAAUUACAGACUGACCAAUAACCUUACUUACUUCAUCUCACAAUAUACGCACUACCAUGCUGGCCAUUUGGCUAAACGUGAUGUACGUGUCUCUGCUGGCAGUAAGUUCCUGGCCGCAAUCUUGCCUCAAUGGGGUACGGUGCAUUUAAGUCACCAUAUUGACACACUUGCCGUAGAUCUAGAGAAUUUGACUACAUUGACCACUCAAGGUUUUGAGGCCCUAUCCCCGGAAAUCCAAGCUCUCCGCGAUGUGGCCUUGCAGAACAGAAUGGCCCUGGAUCUUUUGUUAGCCUCUCAGGGUGGGGUGUGUCAUAUUAUUGGUUCAGAAUGUUGCACAUAUAUUCCCGACAAUACGGACAAUGUGACAGACACGAUCGUACACCUUAAUGACCUCCUUCGCACACAGCUCAGCCGUGACAGCCCUUCCCCCUCUUCUGGUUGGGACUGGUGGUCUUGGCUUACGUCCGGGGGAUGGAAGGCGUGGUUGAUGAAGCUUGGGCUGUUCUGUGUUUUUUUUACUGUGCUGUUUUUCCAGCUGUAUUAUUCCUAUGGUCAAGAAAAUUGUGGGCUCCUUGUUCUCGUUGCAGAUGACACGCUAUCACCUGCUUUCUGUCACUGCUUCUGCUCCCCAGGUGGCUUUGGACGACAUAGCUGCCACUUAUGUACUGACCAUAGACGCGAGCACAGACGACUCACACACUGAUGCUGACUCUGAUGCAUGUGUAUAAAGGAUUUUGUUUGACAGUAACCCAGUUCUCUCUUUGCUAUGCUCUACUCAGGAUGCUUUCAUCCACAAAAACAGCUUGCAACUUUUACCUUAAGGUUUUCCGUUGAAUUGUAUUCUGUGUGACGACUGAUCGUAAACCAGUUGGAAUGCUCAGUCUGAAGUUUUGAAUACUGUUCUUUUCUCCUAUUUGAUUGUCAUCUGGGAUUUGUUGUGUUAUAUUGUGUGUGCAUAUUUUGUUGAUUCUAUUGUUGAUUGUG